CAGCUGAGCACACUCACACGCACAGCAACGAACCAAGCACUCUGCACUACUCACUCAGCACGGUUAUACCUGGAAUCGUGCAGUUAGUCCUAUGGCGAGCGGCGGCGGGAAGACGACGGCCUCCUCCUGGGCGGCGGCGAUGAGCGUGGGCGCGGGCACGGUGGAGGCGCUCAAGGAGCGGCACGCCGGGCUGUGCCGCUGGAACCACCAGGCGCUCCCGUGCGUCUUCCAGCAGCGCCCCGGCACCUCGGCCGCCGGGAACGGCGCCUGCGGCAAGGGCAAGGCGGCGACCACUGCCGGUGGGAUGGCGGCGAGGAGGAAGGCGAGGCAGGAGCAGGAGGAGGAGCUCCGGACUGUCAUGUACCUCAGCAACUGGGGACCCAACAACUAAACUAACUAGCCGAUUAGUCAUCAGUUACAGACCUCUAGAUCUUCUUAUCAGAUGGCUAGAUUGGUUUGUCCUAGCUGCACCAGUUCGUGUGGCAGUGGCUGGAUGAUGUUAGCUCAGCAUGCAGACUCACUCUCGAGCUCGUGUAAGACACGGCGCCGUACGUAGUACUUCCAUGAUCUGGAAGGAUUUCAGAAAGCAUAAAUCGACGUCCCUUCCGGCCUCCUCCUGGCUCAACUAACUGC